CGUUAUUCGGUUUUGAUUUGGCAUCGCUCGAAGAAAUAUUCUUGCGCGAAGGCGCGAACCCAAAAAGCAAAUAUUUAUAAUUUCGCGUCCCGAACAACGGCAACGUCGGUUCAUCUAUUUUCUUCGGCAAGCGAGGAUCCAUUAAUCCCAUAAAAAAGACAGAAAAAUGCCGGAACUGACUGAAGUGGAAAAACCGGCGGUGAACGAGGCGAAACCGGAAAAACCUGAGGAAAGUGCUGAAUAUUCGACGGAUAGUGACUCCGACGAGGACAUUCCUGAAUUAGAGGAUGCGGGAACGACAAACGCUAAUGCGACGGCGUUCCCUGGGGCUGCGGCCGCCGGCCUGCCCGCCGACAUGGUGUCUAAAGCUAAGCAGUCGAGGGGCGAAAAAAAAGCCAGAAAGAUUAUGUCCAAACUGGGGCUCAAGCCGGUUCAAGGAGUUAACAGGGUGACGAUCCGCAAGUCCAAAAACAUUUUGUUCGUCAUCAAUAAACCGGACGUGUAUAAAAAUCCGGUCAGCGACACCUAUAUCGUGUUCGGAGAGGCGAAAAUCGAAGAUCUGUCUCAGCAGGCCCAAGUGGCGGCGGCGGAAAAGUUCAAGGACGUAAAUCCCGCGGGAGAUGGCGCUGCCGGCACCACCACCACUUCGGUGGCCCCCAUAGCGGAGGAAUCAGAGGACGAAGACGUCGACGAAACCGGAGUGGAAGACAAGGACGUGGAACUGGUCAUGUCCCAAGCGAACGUCAGUCGAGUGAAGGCGAUCAAAGCGCUCAAAAACAACCAGAACGAUAUAGUGAACGCCAUCAUGGAACUGACGAUGUAGAGUCUCGACUUACCUUUAUUUUCUGUUUCGAUCGAAUUCAUUUCGUUUUAUCGCCUGGAUUCAAUUAUGUGUUUGGUAUGUACAUAACUGAAGUAAAAAAGUAAAAACCUUAA